AUGGCGGUGUUACAAGCGUACCAGGCUGACCUGCUCAAGGACCUGGAUGACAGGGAGGAGGGGGAAUCCGACGUGGUAGCUGAACUGCGUCGGGCCAAAGAUUUGUCCCUCCGGGCCACCAAAGAAACGGCCAGAGCUAUCGGCCGGUCAAUGGCAGCAAUGACGCCCCGCUUUCGCCGUCUGGCCUUUUCGGUGACGCAGUUAACACUGUUGUCGAGAGGUUUCAGGAGGCGAGAAAGCAAGCGGCGGCGUUUCAACGGUUCCUCCCUCGUCGCUCCCAGGCCCAUGGGGCUGCUGAGCGGGAGCAGCCCCAGCCGUCAUGGCCGCUCUGCCCAGGCUCAGGGAGUAUUGGCUGGAAACGGAGAAGGGAUCAGUCAUGAGAUGAUCACUCUGGAAAUCCAGUCAUGUGACGUUCCUGAUCUUACUCUCAUUGACCUGCCAGGCAUUGCUAGAGUUGCCACUGCCAACCAGCCAAAAGACAUUGACAAACAAAUAAAAGAUCUAAUUGAAAAGUUCAUUCAAAGGCAAGAGACCAUCAGUUUGGUUGUGGUGCCAGCAAACAUUGACAUCGCCACCACUGAGGCACUGCAGAUGGCAUCCAAAGUGGAUUCAACCGGAGAAAGGACUUUGGGUAUUCUGACAAAACCGGACUUAGUGGACAAAUGCAUGGAGGAGACGGUGGUCAGAACAGUGAAUAAUGAAGUAAUACCACUGAAGAAGGGCUACAUGAUUGUUAAAUGCCGAGGCCAGAAUGAAAUCAAUGACAAACUUGAUCUGGCCAGAGCUCUGGAAAAAGAAAGACAUUUUUUUGAUGAACAUGCUCAUUUCAGGUCUUUUCUUGAAGAAGGAAAAGCAACAAUACCCUUUCUUGCAGAAAGACUCACAAACGAAUUGUUUGAACACAUCAUUAAAACACUGCCAGAGUUGCAGAAACAACUUGACAUGAAAUUACAGAAGACGUCUGUGGAUCUUAGAGCACUGGGUGAUGGAGUUCCUCUUGAUGAACACGAGAAGAUCAAAUUUCUGGUUACGAAAAUCCGCCAGUUCAAUGAUGCCCUUGAAAGAGUAAAGAAUGCAGAAGAGGAUGUAAAAAAACCAAACACAAGGGUCUUCUCCAAAAUCAGGGGGGAAUUUCAAAAUUGGAAAUCCGUCCUGAAUGCCAAAGCCAUUAAGACGGAGGACAUCCUCAGAGUUGAGGUAGAAGAGGAUAUGAGGACUAAUAGAGGAAUGGAGCUUCCUGGAUUUUUAAACUAUAAAACUUUUGAGAGCAUUAUCAAGGAAUACAUUGAGGAGCUAGAGGAACCUGCUUUAAAGCUGCUCAAAGAUGUCACAGACAUUGUUCGCUCCUCUGUGGACCAUAUCGUUAACACUCAUUUUAAUGCCUUAUCUCACCUCGUGAGAGCUGCGAAAGAGCAAAUUGAUUAUUUUCUUGAUAAGCAGUUUCAAAAAGCUGAGAAGAAAAUACGUUCACAGUUUAAGAUGGAGAAGAUUGUUUACUCCCAAGAUGAUCUCUACAGUAACCAGCUAUGCAUUGUAAAACAAAAAUCAAAAUCAGGUCAAGGGCUUCUGGCAUCAUUUGUCAAAGAAGAUGUACGUGACAUGGCAUACCGUCUCAUCUCCUAUUUAACGAUUACCUCUGACCGUCUGGCUAAUCAAGUUCCACUGAUAGUCCAGUAUCACAUGCUGAACAAGUACAUCUCUCAGCUUCAGAGUGAAAUGCUUGUCAUGACUAGAGAGAACGAUCCAGGAAUGCUGCUCCAAGAAGAUUCUGAUGUUGAAAGGAAGAGGAAUGAAUUGAGAGAGCAACUGAAGCGCCUGAAGAGAGCUGGUAUAGCACUGUCAAAGUAUAAGCAUUCUGCAUAACUGUGGGUAGAACUAUCACUCACAUCAAGGUCCCUGGUUUGAGUCCCUGCUGACCAUAACACUGCGGCUCCAGCAUCCCUGCGAGACUACAAAUGGUGGAAAAUCCUCAUUUUCAAAAUUCCCUAUAUUUGUUUUCUUAUUGCA